GACUCCGCGAUCUCGGUGUGGGCUCCCUCCUCUGUGGCUGGUGGGGCCAUGGGAACUACGCUACCCACAAUGCCGGAGGCCGAGGGCCAAGACUAGCAGCCAAUGAACGCCCGAAAGCAGGGCGUUUUCUCGUUCGGACCAGAGGAUGUGGGUGGGACUUCUGGCCCCGCUGUUGUGGCAGUCACCAUGGCUGCUCCAGUGUCCAACAGCGAUACGGGUACUUUAGGAGAGCGGAGUCAGGAUCGGGGUGACCAGAGCGAGGAGGCUUUAGAGGAGAGGUUGUCCCCACUGCACAGCGGCGAGUCUGCAGAGCCGCGGCGGUAGAUGACGAUUGUACACGAGUUCCAUCUCUGUCGCCCACCACCUAAGACCCCGCUCCUCCCAGACUCCGAUGGCGGCGGCCGCGCCGAGGGACCCGCCUCAGGUAAACGCUCAUCCUACUGGCCCUGACCGCCCUCACCCCACCAGACACUAAAGACCCAAGUGCGGGGCGCCUGCUCAUGUCUAUGCAGUAUAGAUCCCUGUGUCCAGAAGAACUCCCAUGACUACAGAAGUGCUUAUGGACUGUACAAAGGACUGUGUGACCUUUGAGGACGUGGCCAUUUACUUCUCGCAGGAGGAGUGGGGGUUCCUUGAUGAGGCUCAGAGACGCCUGUACCACAAGGUGAUGCUGGAGAACUUUUUACUUACAGCCUCAAUGGUUUGUUUGCAUGGAACAGAGAAGAAAGAGACACGUUCUGGGCAAAAUGUUUCCCUAGAAGUUUUGUCACAGGUCAGGACUCCAAAGGUAGGUCUAAUCAGCCAGAAGGCUCACCCCGGUGAGAAAUGUGUCCCAAUCCUGAAAGACACUUUGCACUUGGCUUACCUACCUGGGCAGAAACCAUACUUGACUGGGGCAUGUGCAAACCUACGACAGCUUCAGAAGCAUUUCAGUGCAAAUAAAAGUGACAUGGAUAGGACAUCAUUUGUAAAGAGUUGCAUAUUCCAUGUGUCAGGGCAUCCCUUCAGCUGUAGGAAGGUUGGAAAGGACUUCCCAGCUACUUUGGGUCUUCUCCAGCACCAGAUCACUCCCACUUGUGAGAAACUCAACAAAAUCACCAAGUGUGGGGAGGCCUUUCAUGGUAGGAAAAGUCAUUACAAGUUGUAUGAAUGUGGGAAAGCUUCCAGCUACAAACAGAGUCUUGUUUACCACCCAAGUGUCUCUACUAGGAAAAAGGUUUAUGAGUCUAGCAAAUAUGGGAAAGCCUUGCGCUGUAAGUACUCACUUGUUCAGCUCCAGAGAGUCCACACUGGAGAAAGGCCUUACGAGUGCAGUGAAUGUGGAAAAUCUUUUAGGCAAAGAGCCACCCUCAUUAUACACCAGAGAGUUCACACUGGAGAAAGGCCUUAUAAAUGUGGCGAGUGUGGAAAAUCCUUUAAUCAGUGCUCCAAUCUUAUUGAACACUACAGAAUUCACAGUGGAGAAAGGCCUUAUGGGUGUGAGGAAUGUGGAAAAGCCUUUGGGUGCAAAUCCAAUCUUGUUCGGCACCAGAGAACCCACACUGGAGAAAAGCCUUAUGAGUGCAGUGAAUGUGGGAAAUUCUUUAGACAAAGCUUCACACUUGUUCAACACCGGAGAAUUCACACCACAGCAAGGCCUUUUGUGUGUGUCCAGUGUGGGAAAUCCUUUAGCCAAAGAGCCACUCUCGUUAGACACCAGAGAGUUCACACUAGUGAAAGGCCUUAUGAGUGUGGGGCAUGUGGGAAAGCCUUUGGAUCCAAAUCCAAACUCGAUCGGCACAACAGAAGUCACACUGGAGAAAGGCCUUAUGAGUGUGGUGAAUGUGGGAAGUCUUUCAGACAAAGCUACAGCCUCGUUGAACACCAGCGAAUUCAUAGUAGAACAAGACCCUUUGAGUGUGUCCCGUGUGGGAAGUCCUUUAGCAGAAGAGCCAUCUUCACUAAACACCAGAGAAUUCACACUGGAGAAAGGCCUUAUAAAUGUGGCGAGUGUGGGAAAUCCUUUAGUAGAAGCACCAGCCUUAUUCAGCACUACAGUAUUCACACUGGGGCAAGGCCUUAUGAGUGUGGGCAGUGUGGAAAAUCCUUCAGGCAAAAGUCUGUCCUUAUUCAACACCAGGUAGUUCACACUGGAGAAAGGCCUUAUGAAUGUGGCGAAUUUUGGAAAUCCUUUAGCCAGCGCUCCAGCCUCAAUCUCCACCGAAAAUUUCACACCAGGGAGAGGCCCCAUGAACACAGGAAGUAUGGGAAAUACUUUACUCCAAACAGCUAA